AUGGGGGUGAUAUUAGCUGCAAGCAGCUGCUCUGCAGUCUGCAGGGUAGGAGACAGCUGCUAUCAGCGGCAGAAGCACUGCCCUAAAGAGGGGAGAGCGGCGCGGCUGCGGGGGGCUGAGGAGCUCCAGCUGGGCAGCACUACCUUCGCGCUCACCGGGGAUGCUGCGCACAACCAAGCUAUGGUGCACUGGUCCGGGCACAACAGCAGCGUGAUACUCAUUCUGACAAAGCUCUAUGACUUCAACUUGGGAAGUGUUACUGAGAGCUCACUGUGGAGGUCAACAGACUAUGGCACUACCUACGAAAAACUGAAUGACAAAGUAGGCCUGAAGACUGUGCUGAGUUACUUUUAUGUAUGUCCCACCAACAAGAGGAAGAUCAUGCUUCUCAGUGAUCCAGACAUUGAGAGCAGCAUUCUCAUCAGCUCUGAUGAAGGAGCUACAUACCAGAAGUAUCGUCUGAACUUCUAUAUCCAAAGUCUGCUCUUUCACCCCAAGCAGGAGGAGUGGAUCCUGGCCUACAGUCUGGAUCAAAAGCUGUACAGCUCUACUGACUUUGGAAGAAAAUGGCAGCUCAUGCAUGAGAGAGUCACUCCAAGCAGAUUUUACUGGUCCGUGAUGGGUUUGGAUAAAGAACCAGACCUUGUACACAUGGAAGCCCGGACAGCUGAUGGACACACCCACUAUUUGACCUGUCGGAUCCAGGAGUGCUCAGAGACCAAAAGGAGUGGGCCAUUUUCACGCUCCAUUGACAUCAACUCCCUUGUUGUUCAGGAUGAAUAUAUCUUCAUCCAGGUGACAGCUGGUGGAAGAGCAAAUUACUAUGUGUCAUAUAGACGGGAGCCUUUUGCACAGAUUAAAUUGCCCAAAUACUCUCUUCCUAAGGACAUGCAUAUUAUAAGCACAGCUGAGAAUCAGGUAUUUGCAGCUGUUCAAGAGUGGAACCAGAAUGAUACAUACAACCUGUAUGUUUCGGACACCCGAGGGGUUUACUUCACUCUGGCCUUGGAAAAUGUGAAAAGCAGUAGAGGACUGGAGGGGAAUGUCAUGAUUGACCUUUAUGAGGUAGCAGGGAUCAAAGGCAUAUUCCUGGCUAACAAAAAGAUAGAUGACCAAGUCAAGACAUUCAUUACCUACAACAAGGGCAGAGAUUGGCGUUUGCUGAAGGCACCAGACACCAAUCUGAGAGGCGAUCCUGUAGUUUGCCAGCUGCCCUUUUGCUCGUUGCACUUGCAUCUGCAACUCUCAGAGAAUCCAUAUACUUCAGGAAGCAUUUCUAGUAAGGAAACAGUUCCUGGGCUGAUGGUGGCAGCAGGCAAUAUUGGCUCUGAGCUUUCCUACACUGAUGUUGGCAUGUUCAUUUCUUCUGAUGGUGGGAAUUCCUGGAGGCAGAUCUUCGAGGAGGAGUAUAAUGUGUGGUUUCUGGACUGGGGAGGGGCACUAGUGGCUCUGAAACACACAUCAAUGCCCAUCCGACACUUGUGGGUCAGUUUUGAUGAGGGAAGAUCCUGGAGUAAAUACAGUUUCACAUCAACACCUCUUUUUGUGGAUGGAUCCCUUGUAGAUCCUGGCAUAGAGACUCAGAUAAUGACAAUUUUUGGGCACUUCAGUCUCCGUUCUGAAUGGCAGCUGGUCAAGGUGGACUACAAGCCUAUCUUCAGCCGGAAGUGUAACAAAGAUGACUACCAAACCUGGCAUUUGCACAAUCAGGGGGAACCUUGUGUCAUGGGAGAGAGGAAGAUCUAUAAAAAACGCAAGCCUGGAUCUCAGUGUUCCCUGGGUCGAGACUAUUCCCAAACUGUGGUGUCUGAACCAUGUAUCUGUGGUCAAGGGGACUUUGAAUGUGACUACGGCUAUGAGAGGCACAACAACAACCAGUGUAUCCCAGCCUUCUGGUUCAGUCCGUCCUCUCUGUCCAAGGACUGCAGCAUUGGUCAAAGCUAUCUGAACAGCACUGGGUACCGAAGGAUUGUAUCCAACAACUGCACAGAUGGCUUGAGGGAGAAGUAUAAGGCCAAGAUGGAGAAGUGCCCUGGAAAAGCACCUCGAGGACUGCACAUCCUCACCAGCGAUGGAAAGUUGGUCACAGAGCAGGGGCACAAUGCCACCUUCAUCAUCCUUAUAGAAGAGGGUGAUCUCCAGAGGACAAAUAUUCAACUUGAUUUUGGGGAUGGCAUCGCAGUAUCCUAUGCAAAUUUCAGCCCUGUUGAGGAUGGCAUCCGGCAUGUAUAUAAGAGUGCUGGAAUCUUCCAGGUGACAGCAUAUGCAGAAAACAGCUUGGGCUCUGACACUGCUGUCCUCUUUUUGCAUGUGGUCUGUCCAGUGGAGCACGUCCAUCUGAGUGUCCCUUUUGUUGCUAUCAGGAAUAAGGAUGUCAACAUUACUGCAGUAGUUUGGCCCAGUCAAGCAGGCACACUUACCUACUUCUGGUGGUUUGGUAACAGCACCAAGCCCCUCAUCACCCUGGAGAGCAGCAUCUCCUACAUCUUCACUGAGGAGGGGAUGAACACUGUCACUGUGCAGGUUGCUGCAGGCAACACCCUCAUCCAAGACACCAAGGAGAUCGCAGUACAUGAGUAUUUCCAAUCUCAACUCCUCUCAUUUUCUCCUAACUUGGACUACCACAAUCCUGACAUCCCUGAGUGGAGACAAGAUAUUGGCAAAGUCAUCAGGAGAGCUUUAGCACAAGUGACCGGUAUUCCUGAUGAACAAAUAUUGGUAGCUGUAUUUCCUGGGUUGCCUACUUCUGCUGAGCUCUUUGUGCUACCCCAAAAAAACACUACAGACAGAAGGAAAAGCAGUGAGGCUGAUCUGGAACAGGUUGUUGAAAUCCUUUUUAAUGCUCUCAAUCAGAACCUGGUCCAGUUUGAACUGAAACCUGGUGUUGAAGUCAUUGUGUAUGUCACUCAGUUAACAUUAGCACCACUUGUUGAUUCCAGCACAGGUCACAGCAGUUCGGCGAUGCUGAUGUUGUUGUCUGUGGUGUUUGUAGGCUUGGCUGUUUUUUUAAUCUACAAGUUCAAGAGGAAAAUCCCUUGGAUUAAUAUCUAUGCCCAAGUUCAGCAUGACAAGGAGCAGGAAAUGAUUGGUUCUGUCAGCCAAAGUGAAAAUGCACCCAAAAUCACUCUGAGUGAGUUCACAGAUCCUGAAGAGCUGAUGGACAAAGAGCUGGACACGCGAGUGAUGGGAAGCAUCUCAACUAUUGCCAACAGUGAAAGCACAAAGGAAAUUCCCAACUGCACUAGUGUUUAAUACUGAGAAUCCUCUUGGUCUACAAAAUUUCUGACUUUUUAUUUGUAAUUAUUAUUGUUAUUAUUAUUAUUAUGAAAAAAAAGAGAGUUAUAUGUCAUUAUUAUCAUUUGGGAGGGGAUGGGGGUGGGCUUUUUCUGUUUACCAGGGCUGCAUUCAUAAAUAGCAGGUUUCUUCAUACUUAGGAAAUUUCCAUCAGAUCAGAAAUAAAAAGCAAAGAAUAAGAGAAGUGUGCAAUGGGAUUUGAAUGCCUGACUCCUCUUAAAUACAGCAUAGAAAUUAAGUAUUCUAAUACAGUAGGAAGAUAUGGUACCUUAGGCAAGGUAAAUGUAGGUAAAUGGUCCCUUUUCUGAUCUUUUUGUGAGUCAUGAAUCAUCUGCUUCAUCCUGCCAGAAGGCUUAGGCUGGCCUGUUGGACCAGACUCUGCAACCUGCCAACAGCCCUCACAUUCCAGUGAUGUGCAUGUCUCAGCUUUUUCCAGGAUCUUGCCUUUUUGUAAUUGCUUUUAAUUUCAGUCACCCUCUGGCAUUGUUGACUGCUGAGAAAGGGGAAAAAUAAAUUCAGAGAGUGCACAUCAGUUUUCCUUGGACUGUGGAUUGGCUGGAGGGGACAGCACCACAAGCAAUGAGGGAACAUGCUUGAGUUUAUGAAUGCAGCUCAAAUGCCAUGCAUGUGAAUAGCAAGGAUGCUGAAGGCCUACUGUAGAUAAUUACAAUGUACAUAGCUUUUUAUUUCUUAGGAAAUAAUUUAAUGUUUAGUAAAGGAAGAUAUGUUUAAAACAAGACCUGAAUCACACACACAUGCACGCACACACACACUCCAAUCAACCAGGGACUGUGGUGAGCACUUGAAUCACACUUUGGUUCCAAGUGUGUUCCAGUUAUCUGUCAUAUUUCAAUCAGCACCGUUUAUUUCUCUGUGUAUACCUGCAAGUCUUU